GUAGGCGCAGGCGCAGUCGCUGUCGCAGCCGCAUUAACUGUUGGUCCUCAUGACCAUUGUAUUAUUGUAUUCUCACUGAGAACCAAACACGAUAAUCUACCUUCAGCAUCCAUCAGCCUGUACACAUUUUCCGUCGUCUCUGCAUUCACAUCCACUCAUUAUAUUCGUCCGUCAGACAUCAUUGCCCAGGACCGACAUCCUUCAGCCCACAUACGCAUACGCACCUCUAAGAAAGGGUCGCGAUUUACGAAUUAGACGCCUGUCCUGGCGGAUUUUUGACCCCAAGCCAGAUGCAGGCUGACAGCCAUGGGGAAUAUCGGCAGCCGAAUUGACGACGGGUCAAUUCUGUAUUUGAAGGAUCAAGGACGCCUGUCCAUCACCUCCCUUGUCGUCAGCAAUGGCCGACGGAAAGUUGUGCUACACGCUGUUCCAAAUGCAUACCCUGCGACCCGGCUGGUUGGAAAGUUGGACGCGGCUGACUACAGGCCAAUCUCAUAUGUCCAGGAUCCUGAGGCCCCGGGCCUUCUCUUCCUACCCAGACUAGACCUUGAAGACGAAUUGGAUGUGCGGUUCACAUUCACGACGCGACAGAACUCGGGGCCUCUGCCCGCUACUCCCUCCACAGCGACAGCCGCAGUCGACACAACCAUCUCCGGCCUGACGUUCGCCUAUGCCGCGAAUGCCAAAGAGUUGGAUACCUUGGUGACACGGGAAUUCCAUGCAGACCCCAACCUUCACAAGAACUCCAAUGUACAAUUCAUCGGCGACUUCUCGACGAGUGGAACUCCCGUCAUCACCUACGAGUGGACCUGGAGAUGGAAACCUCCAAAGCCGUACGAGGACAGGGGUGGCGGCUGGCGCAACUGUUGCAGUUUCCUCGAGUACGAUUCAAGGGCUCACAGGUUGAAUACACUUGCAUCUUUCACUUUCUGGGUCAAUAAUGCGGCCGUGACGUCCGCAACACCGCUGGCAUCUCCGAACCUAGAGCUUCAGGUUCCCCCUCAAAGACGCAUGGUUUCAAGUCAGUCGUACCAGUCCGCGAUCAGUGAUUCGGAGGAUCGUGCAGAUUUGCAAAAUCCACCGUCUCCACACGUGCUGGCCACCGAGUUUAGCACGACUGCUUCCAGUGUCACAGCUUCCAGCAGUGCGCCCUCCAUCCCUGUGAUCGAUGUCCAGUGUGCACGCCCGGGGGAGGAUGUGAGUGCAGUCGAAGAUGGCCCUGUUUUCAGAGCGACUAUGAAGUCCUUGGAGCAAAAGACUGGUAAUAUGAGGGUCCAGGUGAAGAAAGUCCUGAAGAAGGCAGAGGCGGCUCAACAAGCGCAGGUCGAGUGCAACCAAGCAAUGGCAGAGUUUCUCCGGGCGCUUCAGGAGGCCUCCGCUUCCAAUGCUACUGCUUUCAAGCCGGCUCUUGACCACUACUUCACCAACAUUGCGCAAAGAAUAUUAAAGUAUGAAAAAGAGAACAGCUCUUUAUUGCAGAAACAGAUUAUCGACCCCAUAUCUAAACUCUACAACCUCGACAUCAAACAGGCCGAUGCCAAAAAGAAGGACUUUGAGGAUGAAAGUCGAGAUUACUACGCGUAUGUUAGCCGAUAUCUAGGCCAGCGGCAGGAUUCUUUGAAAGAUAAAAAACGAGCAGAGAGCGACUCAAAGUACCAGAACAAGAAAAAGAACUUCGAGUUGAAACGAUUCGACUAUUCAACUUUCAUGCAGGAUCUUCACGGCGGACGCAAAGAGCAAGAACUCCUCUCGCAGUUGACCAAGUAUGCUGAUGGUCAGGCGCAUUCGUUCCUUGCAGCAGCCAAAAAGGUUGAAAGCCUGACACCACAAUUGGAGGCCCUCGUAAAAGAGGUCAGUGAUGCCGACAAAGAGUACAAUCUCCAACGAACCGAACGAGAAGAGAAGCGUCGGAACCUAGAAAAAAAUGGACCCAACGCUAUAGAGAGUGACCCUCCCUACCAGCCUUUGACAAGCACAAAUUCACAGCCAUCAGUGCAGAAUGGACAGACUGGGUAUACGUCGGACACAGAUUUGAGUAGAGCAGACAGCACCAGCUCACAGUUUGGUCGAUCCUCUGUCAACACGCUAUCUCCAGCCACCUCAGGAACUCUACAAGGUAUUUCGGCCGCUGCUUUGUCUACAUCCCCAGGAGCCUCAUCAGCAGUCCCAAUACCGAACAAAUUCAAAGGAAUUCGCGACCUCGAUGAGAGCUCAAUAUCAACUACUGACAAAUCCUCCAAUGGGCUACACAAGAAGGAAGGAUUGCUGUGGGCAUUGAGCAAGCCUGGUUCUCAUAUCGACCCCAAGGGCAUCAACAAGCAAGCCUGGCACAAGUUUUGGAUUGUGCUUGACCAAGGAAAGCUCUCCGAAUACAGCAAUUGGAAGGAUAAAUUAGAUCUUCAUCGAGACCCCAUCGAUCUAAGAAUGGCUUCGGUUCGAAUGGCUCGCGAUGCCGAGAGGAGAUUUUGCUUCGAGGUCAUUACUCCUCAGUACAAGAGGGUUUAUCAAGCGACGACGGAAGAUGAAAUGAACAACUGGAUCAAUGCAAUCAAUAACGCCUUGCAGAACGCCUUUGAAGCUGGUGGACGCACCUCGCAACAAAAUUCUAAAGACCUUGCUGGACGUGAAUAUGGUCAUGUCCUCACAGGCAAAAGCUCUUCGCAAUCAGGUCCUCACGGCUAUUCUCAGCGAAUUGAUGGAUCUGGAGUUUCACGACGAAUCACUGUAGGUGCUCGACCUACGUAUAUGAGAACAAGCAGCAAUAGUUACGAUGAGAAUCCUUCCAAGCUUUUGGACCAAAUCAGAAAUCACGAUCAAGGAAAUCAAUCCUGCGCUGAUUGUGGUUCUACCUCCAAGGUGGAAUGGGUGUCAUUGAACUUGGGUAUUAUCCUGUGCAUUGAAUGUGGAGGUAUUCAUCGGUCCUUGGGCACUCACGUCUCCAAGAUCCGGUCUCUCACCCUGGAUGUUCAUUCCUUCACCAACGAUAUCGUCGAACUGCUGAUGCUGAUCGGCAACCGUAUCAGCAACACGGUUUGGGAGUCUUUGCUGGAUCAAGCCUUGAAACCCGGGCCGACUGCCACAAGAGAGCAACGCUUGAAGUUCAUCACGUCGAAAUAUGUGCAGCGAGCCUACGUUGAUCCUGUGUCGCAAUAUGGAAGCGCCGAUGACAUGUUGCUGACAUCGAUCAAGAAGCAUGAUAUGAAGGGGGUUUUGCAAGGAAUCGCCCAGCGGGGAAACGUCAACGCACAUGACCGUUCGAGAAAUACUCAUGCGGUGUUUCUCGCAUUGGCAGCUGCCGACCCUGCUCGUCCAGUCUCAUCUCACUCAGCUACUCCGGCCCCGACGGUCAAGGCUUUCCCUAUGGCGGAGUUGCUUGUUCAAAAUGGGGCAGAAAUCCCUACAGACCCGCCUGCAAUACCAUUGUCAUCAGCUGCGCAACUGUAUAUUGAACAGCGAACCACUCGGUCGACAACAAAUGGCGGUCAUGGCGACACGCUUGGCCCUCUACCGAUCAUGGGAUCUAGAGUCUCGCCGCUGGCCUCGGAUGGCCAUACCCGGCUGCAAAAACGCGGUAGUGCUGGCGCCAGAUUUGCCGGAAAGGUGACGGGUCUAGGUGAACGAUAGAACCGUUAUCGGUCGAAGGUCGAGAUUGACAUUGCGAUACCAAUUCUGUGUGACACUCUCGGAGAAAUGAGCAGGUCCCUACCCAGUGAGCGCCCAAGAUUGGGGGAUUCCCUAGUCUUUCCUGCCAAGGUCAUGUAUUUGGGAAGCAAGACGGACUUAUGACAAAAAUGUUUCUGAUGAUUGCAAUGACUAGGUUACUCACUGUGAUGAGCAUGGCCGUUUGGAUUGUGACGGGCCAGAUGGGGUGGAAACCUGUGUGGCCCUUUUGAAAAGCUUUGGUCGCUUCGACGAAUUUUGACUGUCGGGAGUAGGAGAUGGGUUAUGGAUAGGAAAGCAGGAAGGACUAUGAAAGAGGUCAGACCGAUAUGAACCAUUGGGUAUUGGUAUGACUUUAAUAUUGCGCUGAAACACAUUGCUCUGUCGUAUGUAAUAGGACAUGCUCCAUGAGAAGCAGAUAAUAACCACCUUGGGUAUGAUGAG